GUCAACUGAAACGCGAUUGUGUGCACGUUUUGAAGUUCAUGCUCUGUUGAUUUCUUCGUAAUUUUAAAAUACAUUUAUAAAAGAAAACGGUAUGAGAGGAGCAGACACUCUGAUACCGGCUAGAUUCUUAACUUUAACCAGCCAUCUAUCAGCGGUUGUAACUUUGCUAUGGGAGAGUCAGGAGAGCACUCGACUCUGUUUGCCGAGCCACUUUCACGACGAUCAUUUCCAAUUAUAUCACAGCCGGUUGGUAGCUGGCUUCGCGUCAUCGUUAGUGCUUAUACUCCUCGAGUACAUGACCUUCCUGUCUGGACUAACUAUGUUCUCCCUUACCGUCUGUCUUAUAUCGAUCGCGGGCCACGGUGCGGCGUCCAUAGCCCUCACUUACUUCGUUGUGGGCGGUUGGCUGUGUGACUGGUACUGGCCAGUAUUCGCUCUCUGCAGUGUCCUACCCUCGACCAUCGACUUGGCCACAGCAAUAACUAAUAUGUUUGCUAUUAAGUGGUGAAAGUGUGGAUUGUGGAUUGUAAUUAUUAAUUAGUGUGUGUUAAGGACUUUUUUGUGAAUUAAAAAUGAAGCUGAAAGAUUUUGUUAAUUUGUUUAUAACCACCGAGCACCAGCAUCUAACUACUUCGCACGACUACAAGGGGGGAUGGUCCUUCUACCUGGUCCUGGCUGGGAUAGUCACUACGCUGGGGUCCUCGCUACCUGUCGGAUACAAUAUUGGAGUUGUUAAUACACCCGCAGACGUGAUAAAAAGUUUUUGCAACGAGAGUUUCAUAACCCGGUACGACGUGGUCCUCGACGAAAAAUGGCUGAACGUGCUCUGGUCGUUCGUGGUGUCCAUCUUCAUAGUCGGAGGCUGCACCGGCUCCAUACUCGGCGCUGUACUUGCAAACAGUUUAGGGAGAAAAAUGGCGACUGUAGUAACGAGCGUGCUGUCAGUCGCUGGCGGGCUGCUGUUCCUGCUGUGCCAAAAAGCUAACUCAGUCGAAAUGCUUAUAUUAGGCAGAUUACUAGUCGGCUUGUCUGGUGGUCUAACCACCAGCAUAGUGCCCAUGUACCUGACGGAGCUGGCCCCCGCGGCGUUAACCGGGGCCAUGGGGGUCGCGUGCCCCAUGGGGGUCAACGUCGGGGUCCUCGUCGGACAAGUCAUGGGGUUAGAUUUUAUAUUGGGUCGUGCUGAAGAUUGGCCCUACCUUCUGUCCGUCUACGCGUUGCUAGUCAUUAUAUGUUUACCGUUGUUAUUUAUACUGCCAGAAAGUCCAAAGUACUUAUUUGUAGUUAAGAAAAAUGAGGAGAGAGCUUUAAAAGAACUGAGUCGUCUCCGCGGCGUGUCUCCAAGCGUCCUCAGCGAGGACAUAGAAGUGCUCCGCGAGGAGGUGCGAGGGUCCCAGGCCACGUCCAGCGCCUGGUCCAUGCUGCGGGUGCUGAGGGACCCGCGCCUGAGGCUGCCCCUACUGCUCGCCUGUACCAUGCAGGCUGGACAGCAGACUAGCGGGAUUAAUGCGGUGUUCUACUACUCGCAGACAAUAUUCAAGCAGGCCGGGUUAAGCGCGCAGAACUCUCAGUACGCGACGAUAGGGUGCGGGUUCAUCAACGUGUGCACGGCGGUGCUGAUGCUGAAGCUGCUGCCGCGGUUCGGGCGCCGCCCCCUGUUGCUGCUCUCCGUGUUCACGGCCGCCGUCAUACUGGCGGCUUUAGCUGCUUGUAUGAGGUUUAUGAACGUAGUGUCGUGGAUGCCGUACGUGUGUAUGAUAGCGGUGCUGUCGUAUGUUCUAGUCUACGGGUUCGGCCUCGGACCCAUUCCUUACUUUAUUGCCUCGGAGAUAUUCGAGGUGGGUCCCCGUCCGGCGGGCAUGGCGUGGGGUUCCCUCGCCAACUGGGGAGGGAACUUCCUCGUCGGCAUGUCGUUCCCCUCCAUGAGGGAGGCCAUCGGACCCUACUCCUUCCUCGUCUUCUCCGGCGUCACUGCUGUACUCUUUGUCUUCCAGAAAAUAUACUUCCCCGAGACUCGAGGCAAGACUCCAACACAGGUGACACAGCUGUGCAGUCGCGGCCUGCAGUCCAAGCCACUACUCGCGUCUCACCUCUCCGGUGUAUGACGUCAUAUGUCUUAGCGACACAAACUCAUAUAGAUACGAGUGAUACGUAAGUAGACUGCUAUGUUUGUAUGAGAGAAAUGAGAAUAUGGAAUUAAUAUUUAAUAUAAAUUAAACUGGUAUGUGAUAUGUGAUAAUGUGAGCUACUGUAUCGCUCACCGUGCUAGGACCUCUCACUUACCGUCCAAUAGGGAAUUAAUUAGUGUCACACCAUUGGAUGUUAAAUAUUUGACAGCUGCAGUGAUUUGUCAGAAAAACCUGCUGCUAAAUUGGCGCCCUAUAUUAAGCAAAAGCCCGCGCAACGCACUGUAAAGUCUCUCGUGUUUUUGGAUGUCCAUGGGCGGCGGCGAUUACUUAUUAUUAUCAGAUGAUCUGCCUGCUCGUUUACCGGCUUAUACCAUACAAAAAUAGUCUUUGGAUUAAAAUCAAAUUUUGAUUGAUCUCGACCGUCACUAGUUUUUUAAUUAACUGUAUAAAGACAAAUACAAGUAAUAUUAGUAGGUAAGCUCAUUUUGUGACAAAAUAGAACGUCGUCGUUGUUUUACGUCGGUCUGAGAGGCCAAGGUAUCAAUCGUGCGGGAGCAUGGCUUUACAAUAUAAACCAUUUGACUCUGUAUUCUCAUUUCUCGUGAUCAAGUUGUUGGAUGUGCUGAAAUUGUUAAUUGACGGGGAAUAGGUAUUAUAAUUUUUUUUACAACACAGAAUACAAGCAAUUUUAUAUUUUUAUAUCAUAACUAGCUUUUGCCCGCGACUUCGUUCGCGU